CAGAGGGGAAAGUGUGUUUUAGCUGGGAGCCGCUAGCUGCAUGCCAGCGAGAUAAACCACAGUCUCCCCGUCUCCAGCACACAGAAAGGGGCCGACAAAACGCAGCUCUGCAUCCCCUUUCACCGCUGCUUCUGGCCGUAUAUAUACAGAGAUAUAUAGAUUGUUAGGCUGAAGACACGGAAUAUAACGGGGAAGCCCUUGCAGCCAGCGCAGCCGCCAUCUCCCGCACUCAGAGCCUCUGCCGGGUCUUCCUUACGAUGGGAAACGCUGCCACCGCCAAGAAAGGCAACGAGCUAGAGAGCGAGACUUUUGUGAAAGAGUUUUUAGCCAAAGCCAAAGAGGACUUCUUAAGAAAAUGGGAAUGUCCACCACAGAGCACCACGGGGUUAGAUGACUUUGAGAGGCUGAAGACUCUGGGCACAGGCUCCUUCGGCAGAGUCAUGCUGGUGAAACACAGGGGCACAGAGCAGUACUACGCCAUGAAGAUCCUGGACAAGCAGAAGGUGGUGAAGCUGAAACAGAUAGAGCACACGCUGAAUGAGAAGAGGAUUCUGCAGGCGGUGUCCUUCCCUUUCCUGGUGCGGCUGGAGUACGCCUUCAAGGACAAUUCCAAUUUAUACAUGGUGAUGGAGUAUGUUCCAGGUGGAGAAAUGUUUUCACAUCUUAGACGGAUUGGAAGGUUCAGUGAACCUCACGCUCGGUUUUAUGCAGCUCAGAUAGUCCUGACGUUCGAGUACCUGCACUCUCUCGACCUAAUCUACAGAGACCUGAAACCUGAGAACCUUUUAAUCGACCAGCACGGCUACAUCCAGGUCACAGACUUCGGCUUUGCAAAGAGAGUAAAAGGCAGGACCUGGACGUUGUGUGGAACCCCAGAAUACCUGGCCCCCGAAAUCAUUCUGAGCAAGGGCUAUAACAAGGCAGUGGACUGGUGGGCACUGGGCGUGCUCAUAUACGAGAUGGCGGCAGGAUACCCCCCGUUUUUCGCUGACCAGCCCAUUCAGAUCUACGAGAAAAUCGUAUCCGGAAAGGUACGAUUCCCGUCGCACUUCAGCUCGGACCUGAAGGACCUGCUGAGGAACCUGCUGCAGGUGGACCUGACCAAGCGCUACGGAAACCUGAAGAACGGUGUCAAUGACAUCAAAAACCACAAGUGGUUCGCCACCACGGACUGGAUCGCCAUCUACGAGCGAAAGGUGGAGGCUCCUUUCAUACCAAAGUGCAGAGGCCCCGGAGACACCAGCAACUUCGACGACUACGAGGAGGAGGACAUUCGCGUCUCUGUCACAGAAAAAUGUGCGAAGGAGUUUGCUGAGUUUUAGAGUGUGAGAGUGAGGUCACGUGACAGCGAGGUGGUAGCGUGGUGAACGUGGAGCUGAGAGCGUCGUAUCGUAACAGUGACCCUGACCCCUCAUUCCACCGGGCCGAGCGAGCCCCCCCCCCGGGGCCUGCUCUGCCGCUAGCACUCACUCACACACACACACACAUUUAUGCAGACACACCACUCUCCUUCCUCUUUUUCAGUUUCCAAACAGUCGUGUUAUUGAAUGUUGUUUUAGCCCCUCUUUAAAAAAACAGGUGUAUUUUUCAGAAAAAAAGAACAACUUCAAAAAGGAAAAAAAAACUGACAUCCCAUGUGAAGGCGGUGACACAGGCUGAUUGGUCCUGCCAGCGUGAUCUGGGUCAGGGGAGAGGUCGGUGUCGCAGUAGGUCUUUCAGCUCUUUUUUUUGUCUGUUACAUGUCUGAAGGUUUUUUUAAUCCAAACCCUCUCUUAGCUCAGACCAGAAUAUUGGCGACUUUUUGGCAUCUUUCAGAAGUAGAACUUGUUGUUUGUGCAUAUCUGUCUUGAUCAAAUAAGAUUAAAACACUUUGCGUGUUGAAAGCAUGACCAAAAUUAGAGAGAGGGACAGCAGGAUGAGAGAGGGCCAAAGCUCUCUCUGUCUGUCCCAGAAACCCCUUCCCUCCAACCAGCAGAUCCAGGCCUGAACCUGCUGCUCACGGGCAGGAAACCCUCAGCAGGUAGAUCUUUGUGUUUUACAACUAUAUCAACUCAUAUAGUUUAUUUUCACUUUCAACACCUUUAAAUCAUGUAUGAAAUCAUUUUGCUAAAGAAGGAAAGUUUUGGUAAUUAAGAAAGUUUCAGGUGCACCAGAAAAUUAGGAACCUAAAAUAAUAGCCUUUUGCAUCACCACUGUUUGUCCAUGUUGAAAUGAUAUUUUUCCAAAACCUCAGUUCUGAUGUUUGCUAUACAGUAAACAGGUAAGAUGGAUGUGUAGUUUAGCCUGUGGAACAAUGGUGGUAAACCUGACGGUGGUAACAUCUCCAGCUCUGUUAUGAGUUAAAUGCUGAAGCUGUUUUACAGAGUUCUCCAGAGAUGUAAAACUGCCAAAUUUCAAUAUUUUUCCAUUUUUACCUCUGCAUUUCUAUCCUGAUUUCUUUCAUGUUUAUGACAGAAUGUAGUUGCUGCAUGUAGGGGUGUGUAUGACGUUGAGAAUAUGUGAUUGUGAGGUCCAUGUACACACUGACCUAAAGGACAAGGCUGACAUGGGGAAACUUCCGGCACCUUCUGUCUCUCCACUUCAGUCUUCAGCCGCUUUCAGAGGACGCUGCUGCAUCGUUUCUCAUAUUUCUGUUUUUAUUUAUACAUAUUAGAAACAUGCUGUCUGAAAUGUUUUAAAUGGUUCAGAGGGCAUAGGUAAGGCAUUCUGUGACAGGUUUCAGUCUCGUGGGUGUGAAAAGGUACUGAAGGAUCGCACCGGUGUGUGUGUGUAUGGCCAUAGUGUUGGUGGCCCUGACAGCUCUGAACUACAUGGCACUCCUGGCAGAGGGAAGCAGUUUUAUAGUCCUCCUCUAUAGCCGUCUUACAUUAGCGCUACGGCCUCAGCCAUCCAUUCUUUAUGUAUUUAGUUUGUUGGAUAUUUUGCACAAUGUCAUUAGAAGGCUGACACUGAAAGAAGUUUUUGUCCAUCUGUAUUUACCUGUAUGUGCAAAGGGAAGUAUAAAAUACUUUGCUGUAGCAGAUUUUAUGUAACAAAUUAUAUA